GCUAGGCCUAUCCUUCUCUGUUUACUUGGUUUACACAACAGUGCGUUCAUCACAACAUGAAUCAAAGUUUAAAUUAACAAGAAACGCGGGGUGUUUAAAUUCUGUGCGAUUUUUUGGCUGCAAAACUUCUUUUUCAUUAGCGUGUGUAUUUGGUCUUUACGGGUUUAAUCUUUUUGUUGUACUACUACUACUAGAAGAAAGAGGAGAAGUAGGCCCUAGGCCUACUGUACUAUUACUACUAGGCCUAAUACCACCGGUACUAGGCCUCGUUGCACGAGUAGGGAGAGACCGAGGUUUGUUAAAAUGCUGCAUUUCUUCUUCCGUGUAUUCUUUGCGUCGAUGUGUUGUUUAUCGUCAUCAGUGUCAGUUGAUUCUGAAUUUAGUCAGAAGGGAGCAUUUUAUGCAGACGAAUCUUCAAUUACGAAUGCAUUUGGCCUAGGCCUAGACGUUGUAGUGUUUGAUGAAUCUUCCGUGUCAAGCAACACAGACUCAUUUCUGGAUGAUAGCUUUGAUCAAAAUGUGUUCGAUAAAGUUACAUUUACGAGUGACCUGGAGGAAAUUCCCAGUGCCAGUGGGGAUCGUGAACUUUUUUCAUCUUCAUUAUUUAAUCAAAACGAACGAAUAAUUGACCUCUUAAGCCUAAUUAAAGUUGAGGAGUUUACUGAUGAUGUGCAGGUAUUAAGCAACAAGAAGGAAUGCCUGUAUUAUCAAUUCCAACCAGCAGCUGAGGUCAAGGUUUCAUUGUCCAGUUUAUCUGCAGCCAGUUUUUCUCAAAGGUUGUCAAUUGUUAUGCAUAUAAAGUAUCAGCAAGUAUUUGUGUCCAACGUGCUCACAGUGGUUGAUUCCCACAACAUAUUUCAACUUCGAGUUCUUGUCGGAUCGAAUGUCAUUGAUGUUCAACUUCGCCUAGGUACUCUACAGUCACACAGGUUUUUCAUUGAGGAGUUGACUGAUAAUGUUUGGCAUAAAAUCAGCAUAAGCAUUGAUUCCGGUAGAAUACGUUUAUAUUACAACUGCAGAGAGGUGUCCUCUUUAAAAAUUGAUGAUCAAUACCCAUUAAAAAUAGAUUCCAGAAGCAUAGUUGUCAUUGGAGGUUCAUUGAUGCCUUUUGAAAAAUCAUUCCAGGGUGGAAUUCAACGUCUAUUAAUUGUAGAUAACACAGAUUCUGCAAAUAUAUGUAAAAAUUAUUUUACAUGUUCUUCAUACUCGCCUUCAUGGGUAAUAUCAACUAGUAUUCCAGAAUCUACCAAUGUGCCAACAACUAUGUAUGUGCCAACUACCACACCUACACAAGAUACAGGUUCCAGGGAAGAUCAAAGAGAGAGUACAAUUAUCACAGAAUUGUACACAGUAUUUGAAGAACAGUCUAUGUCAACUUCCAUUCAUUUUCCAACUGAGAAAACAAAAGAAUCCAUCAUAGAAACAAGAACUAGUAUUGAAUCAACUGCAGUUUAUACUACAAAUAUGUAUGCAUCCAGUCCUACAGCAGAGAGUAGCACCUCAACUGGUGAUUUUCUUGUCACCACAGAAACAUAUGUUACUCCAAGUUAUGCUACACAAUAUGUUUUUUCCGAAGGUGGCACCGAGACACCAUUAGUGACUAUGCUUACUGAGUUCUCAGAAACACAAGAGGAGGUUGCUAGAACUACUGGUACUAAAGCUGUGGGUGAUGCAUUUACUGGAGGAACAACUAUUAAAAAUGAUAUUACAGGUGUAACUCCCAAUAAUAUAAACUCUACAGUUGCAAUAGAAACUGGACAUCCUACUGGUAAUUUACCUACAGUGAGCACAGAAUUGUCGGAAGUCACAGAAUUUACCUUAACAACAGAUGCAUCAUCACUGCUAACCUUGCACACUAACACACAAGGAAACAAAGGUGUUACAGUUGAUAUACAACCUUCUUUGCCAACUGUUUUACCAACAAAAGCUAGAACUAAACAAAACAGUAAUAAAUAUUUACCACCGCCAACAAAAGAAAAUGAAAUUAAAAUUGAUGUUAAUGAAAAAAUAGGUGAUCCAAAAAUUGAAAAGGAUGAUAAAGAUAGAGAAGACAAAGAUGAUAAGACCUUGGUUAUAACAAAAAUUGAUGAGGAUUUAAAGAAAGAUUUUGUACUGAGUGUGAAGGGUUAUCCUGGUCUAACAGAUGCAUUUGUACAAGACCUGUUAAAAUAUGAUGAUGAAUACACAGUGUACCACAUAAUAGAGGAUAUGAAGACAGAAUGGCCGGUUAUACCUGGCCCCAUGGGACCACAGGGAAAGCGUGGACAACUAGGACCACCAGGGCCAAAAGGAAAAAAAGGAGACCCAGGAAAAAAGGGAAGUCCAGGAAUGAAACGCACAGGAUAUCCUGGUAUCCCUGGGAUGCGAGGUCCUCCUGGACCUAGAGGAAAACAUGGUAUACGUGGUAUCCGAGGCAGAAAAGGUCCAAUUGGCUCAAAGGGUAGCUUAGGACUCACAGGUAAACGUGGUCUGAAGGGAGCAUUUAAUUGCAUGUAA